GAGCCAUGGGCGCGCAGGAGCUCGACCCGUACCGGGACACGUGGCUGCGCUACCUGGGCUACGCCAACGAGGUGGGCGAGUCGUUCCGCGCCGUGGUGCCCGCGGCGCUCGUGUGGGCCAGCUACGGCGUGGCCACGGCCUACGUGGCGGCGGACGCCGUGCACAAGGGCGGCAAGGCGGCGGCGGUGAGCAGCCCUCGCGCUGACCGGCCGGCGCGGGUCGGCGCGGCCGUGGUGGACACGUUCGUGUGGCAGGGCCUCGCCUCCGUGGCCAUCCCCGGCUUCACCAUCAACCGCCUGUGCGCCGCCUCGCUSUACGCGCUGGGCGCGCUGACGCGCUGGCCGCUGCCCGCGCGCAAGUGGCUCACCACGGCGCUGGGGCUCUCCRCCAUCCCCUUCAUCGUCAAGCCCAUCGACAGGUCUGUGGAUUUCCUCAUGGACUCCAGCAUCCGCAAGCUCUACAGCACAGAGGGAGAACCUCGCUCCUCGAGCUGAGCUGCCCUGGCUGCUGCCAGCCCCUGGAGCUGCUCCUUCCUCCCAGUGCAUCACCCCCGCACCAGCAGCCUCAGCUUGGCGAGGAGAGCCCCGCCGGGCCGGCAGCACUGGGGGCUCCCGGCAGAGCCCAACCCUCCCGGCCCCAGGACUGGUAGGAAACCCAGGUCCUUCCAUGACUGAGGCUGCCCAAAUCCGUUCACUGUGAAGCCAUGCUCAGGUCACAGCCCCCGGGCAGCCCCGGCCACGGGGUCUGCUCUGCCAGCACCCAUCAACUCUCC